UUCAGGGAAGGGGCGGGGCCUGCGGGCGCAGCCGGCCGGUGAGUUCCGAGUGCCGGCUUUGGAGGCUGGAGAUCCCGGAUCCGGGAGGGGAUCCCGCUCGUCCCGGGUUGGAGAGCCGCCCUGUCCAGACCAUGGACGCCGAGGUGUCGCUGCUCCUUCAGUGCCCUGCGGGGGGCCUGCCCCAGGAGCAGGUGCGGGUCGAGCUGAGUCCAGCCCACGACCGCCGCCCACUGCCAGGAGGGGACAAGGCCAUCACUGCCAUCUGGGAGAGCCGGCUCCAGACCCAGCCCUGGCUCUUUGACGCCCCCAAGUUCCGCCUGCACACGGCCACACUGACCGCCCCCAUGGGCUCUCGGGAGCCAGAGCUGCUCCUGCGCCUGGGCCUUACAUCCUACCGAGACUUCCUGGGCACCAACUGGGCCAGCUCGGCCGCCUGGCUGCAGCAGCAGGGGGCCGCCGACUGGGGCGACAGGCAGGCCUAUCUGGCGGACCCCCUGGGAGUGGGUGCCGCUCUGGCCACUGCUGACGACUUCCUGGUCUUCCUGCGCCGCUCUCAGCAAGUGGCUGAGGCUCCUGGGCUGGUGGACGUGCCCGGGGGGCACCCUGAGCCUCAGGCCCUGUGCCCUGGUGACAGCCCCCAGCACAAGGACCUGCCCGGGGAGCUGGUGGUCCGUGAGCUCUUCUCCAGUGUCCUGCAGGAGAUCUGUGACGAGGUGAACUUGCCGCUGUCCACCCUGAGCCAGCCCCUGCUGUUGGGCAUCGCCCGCAACGAGACCAGCGCCGGCCGUGCCAGUGCUGAGUUCCAUGUCCAAUGCAGCCUGACCUCUGAGCAGGUCAGGGAGUACUACCUGAGCGGCGGACCCGAGGCCCACGAAUCCACAGGGAUCAUCUUUGUGGAGACACAGCGCGUGUGGAGGCUGCAGGAGACGGAGAUGUGGGCCGAGCUCUGCCCCUCGGCCAAGGGCGCCAUCCUUCUCUACAACCGCCUGCAGGGGAGUCCCGCCUAGGCCCCCGCUGGACCCCCACAGCUCUGCAGACAAUAAAGGCCUUUUUCUUGAA